AAUUCAGUUAUCUGCCAUCCGUUCAAACGCUUAGAACGCUGAAAACGAACGCGUCGCAAAGAAUCGAGAAUUUAAUUGAAAUUAUUUGACUUCCAUUUAUAUUUCCCACCGCGUCUCCUCGUCUUGCCGCCGCAAUGUCGCCUUCAAUGUUGUGCACAUUGCUGUUGCUCAUCGGUUUGGCUGUUACGCGCUUCGAGACCGCACAAACCGCGCGCAUACUCGGCUUCUUUCCAUCACCCUCGAAAUCGCAUCUCAUCGUGCAUGCAGCGAUCGCCUCGCAGCUGGCGGAUGCCGGUCAUAACGUCACUGUGAUCACAAGCACAAAAAACGUCUAUCCCAAAGCCAAGUACGAGUACAUUCAAAUCGAUGAUACGAAAUUCGAUGUCUCGGUCAUGGCGGGCAUGGUGAAUGGGUCGAUGUCGUUCUUUAACAAGUACUCCAGCCUGUUUCGUUCACUCGCAUCCUCAGCGAAUGCCUCCAUCACACAUCCGCGUGUGCAACGCUUUCUACACGAACAUGGUCCUGGCGAUUUUGACUUGGUCAUUUUGGGUUAUUUUAUGAACGAGUUCCAUUUCGGUUUGGCCGCGCAUUUUCAAUGUCCGUUGAUUCUCUCAUUCAUGAUUCAACCUAUUGUGGCUAUCAAUGAUCUGGUAGGUAAUCCCAGCGAGAUGGCGUAUGUGCCCACGUUAAUGAGUAAUGAAAAACAGCCGAUGAAUUUUUGGGCACGUGUCAUAAAUUUUGCGAGUUUAGCACUGGAGAGAUAUGGCAUGCUAAAUUUGGCGCUUUCAUAUCAGUGGGAGCUAUACGACUACAACUUCCCGCCAGACCGCUAUCCUCCGCUGGAGGAAGUGCGCAAGAAUGUCUCACUCGUCUUCACUAAUCAUCACUUCAGUCAGGGUCCAAUACGCCCGAACGUGCCCAAUCUAAUCGAAAUCGGUGGCAUACAAAUUAAAGAGAAACCCGAUCCGCUACCAGCUGACAUUGCCAAGAUACUCGACGAAGCUAAAGAAGGUGCCAUCUACUUCAGCUUAGGCACUAACAUACAUGGUUCCCACUUAACCGAUGAGAAGUUAAAGAUCAUGUUCAAUGUCGUCUCAAAAUUACCCUACAAAGUGCUCUGGAAGUGGAAUGACUCCGAACGGCCAGGACAGGCGGACAAUAUUAUUUACCGUGAGUGGUUGCCACAAGACGACAUACUCGCACAUCCCAACAUCAAACUCUUCCUAACACACGGCGGCAUGGGUAGCGUUGUCGAGUCACAAUAUCACGGUGUACCCAUGGUUGGCAUACCGCUCUUCGGCGAUCAGCCAUCGAAUAUGGCGAAUGUUGAACGCUCCGGUUAUGGCCUCUCCGUGGACUAUAUAACACUCACCGAGGAGAGUCUCAGUACAGCCGUGCAAGAGGUGCUCAACAACCCCAAAUACAGAAAGACCGUGCAAGAUUUCUCACGCUUGUAUCGCGAUCGACCGAUGACACCGCGUGAGACUGUCGUCUACUGGGUGGAUUAUGUGCUGCGGCAUAACGGCGCCAAGCAUAUGCAAUCGCCGGCCGUGCAUAUGAAUCGUUGGCAGUUGAUGUCGCUGGAUGUAAUCGGUUUCCUGUUGGCGAUCGUAGUUGCGGUUGUGGCGGUUUUGGUGAAGAUCUGCAGACUGCUGUGCUGUCGCGGCAAGAAAGAGAAGCUCGCCGACGUUAAGGUGAAGAAAUCAAAGAAGAAUAAAUGAAGAAACAUUAGAAAUGCAGAGCAGAGAGUGCUUUGUGCUCUUAGAAAGAGCAGAAGAGAGGGAGAGUAGUAGAUGAUGACACAAAAGCUGUGAGUUUUAUUUACCUGAAGAAUGAACAAGAGAAAUCUUAUGCAAUUUAGUUAUCGAGAUUUCUAAUACCAAAUACUAAGUUUUAAGAGAGAAAUCAUUGAAAAUCCGCCUUUUUUUAUUUUAACUGCAUUUUAUAAGCACGAAUUUAUGUAAAUGCAUUGUUCUUAAUCAAGAAAAAAUAAAUAAAUAAAAUUAAAUCAAUACUACUUGAGAAUUUUAUGCGAGUCACCCGCUCAUAAGGUCGGCUCGACAGUUGUUAA